AUGGCUCCAUACUGCCCACCGUGUCACGUUACGCCAAGCCAGCAAAGGGCUAUCUUUGUUGAGUUCAUCCAGAAACUCUAUAUUGAUAGAAAUGCCACUCGAGCUCUCCUUGACCACGUGCCCGAGGACUAUAUACAACAUAACCCCUUUUCUCUCUCCGGACGCGACAAUAGCAUCAAAAGUCUAUCAUUUGUCUCACCGGAUACGGUUAAUUUCACGAUUUCUAGAGUUGGACUGGAUGACAACCUGGCUUUUCUCCAUGCUCGACUCGAUACUGUCGGGGCAGAGCGGCCAAGUACCGUUGUGGACUUGUUCCGGUUUAAUGGGUCUUGUAUUCAGGAGCACUGGGAUGUUAUUCAAGAGGUACCAGAGAACGCUACCAACCCACUUCAUAUGUGGUGA